GUCAACCGCGGCGCACGCUUGCAUUAGGUAAUGUUGAGUUAACCAGAGUUAACCUCAAAAAUUUUGCGCGAAAAUACCUUUAUUUUAAUUUGAUUCUGUCAAACUUUUUUUAUAAUAAACGAAAAUUCAAAUAUUCUUAAUAAUUGUGAUAUUAGGUUUUUGCUCUACAAUUUUAUGCAAAAAGUGAUGAAAUAUGUCUAGGAAAAUGUUUGUGUCUGUUGUAUUAAAUACAAGCAAGGUUUUUUCUUCUUCGCUUAAUAAAUCAGCUGGCAUUGGAGUCCGCAGAAAUUUACACACUGCCAAUGUGCCAGUAAAAGAAGUAAAGAUCCCAACCCGAUGGAACGGUCACAUAGCAGCCAAGCUGUGGGGUAACGAGAACGAGCGACCGAUCCUGGCGCUGCACGGCUGGCAGGACAACGCUGGCACGUGGGACCCGAUGGCACCAGCGCUUGCCGCCAAACGACCCAUCCUGGCCAUCGACUUCCCGGGACACGGCCUGUCGUCCUGGUACCCUAAAGGAAUGCAGUAUUAUCCAUGGGAUCUACCUCGUUUGGUUUACUACAUCAAAAAGCACUUUAAUUGGGACAAAAUCUCCCUGCUAGGGCACUCCAUGGGCUCAAUAGCGGCCAUGCGCUUCGCAAGCACCUUCCCCGACGACGUGGACUUCUACGUCGCCAUCGACAGUCUCAUCUAUGACGACUACGACUUGAAUCUCGUGGUCGCCAACUUCCCGAAGAUCAUCCAGAAAACGGAGAUCGCCCAGACUCGAAUCGACACCCCGGCGCCGUGCUACGCCAUGAGCGAGGUCAUCGACCGCUGGCACAAGGGCACCAACGGCUCCGUGACCAAGGAGAGCGUCCCGCACCUCCUGAAACGGGGCGCCAAGGAGUCCCCGAGCGAGCCCAACAAGUUCUACAUAUCCAGGGACCCCAGGUUGAAGAACAUACUGUUCUGUCCGGACGAUAAGAACCUCGUGAAGGUUUUAGUCAGCAGGUUGAAAUGUCCCACGCUGUACAUCAAGGCUAGGGACUCGCCCUACGCCUCCGAUGAGUACUCGACGGAGCUGCGCGAGCUGAUCGCCAGCACCAACCCCAACUUCGAAUGGCACAACAUCCCCGGCACACAUCACUUGCAUUUGAACGAUCCCGAGAGGGUAACGCCUCUCAUCAUGGAGUUUUUACAAAAAUACAAGUUUAUAACAUAAUUCAGUAACAAAAUAUGUCAUACUAUGGUUAUAAUACCGAGGAAAACGUACUUAAAAUAGGUGCAAUAAAUAAUUAUGUUCUGUUAAAACAUAAUUAUACUACCUCAUUAAAUCAAAUUUAUAUUAAAUGGGAAUUUAUAACUAUCAUAAGGUGAAGUAACAUUGUAUUCAUUGUAAUAAAACCUACUUAUUAACUAUAUUAUAUAUAUAAAACUCAAAGGUGACUGACUAAC